UUUAUUUGUUUUACAAGUAGGGAGAGGGAGGAAUCGCGUUUUAUUCGAGGGGGACUGUGGGAAGUGUAGUUUUUGGUUGUCGCUAUGCGGAGAGAUGACGCGUUUUGGGUACGUGCGGGGCAGCAGGAUCUCCGAUGCGGCGGUUCAUCGCGGGUCACGUGUUACUCGCGGUCACGUUCUUUUCUUCGCUGAAUUUUCUUCAGUGUUAGAAAAAGCGGGUGUGCUUUUCCUAUUAAGUCGAAUGAGUUAAUAGUCACACGAUGUGGUGAUUAUUUUUUUCUAAAGGUGUCUUUACAUCUACAAGAUCUGUUUUUGCUAUAAUAGUUAAAUGAUGAUGUAUUAUUAUGUCAUCUUUAUUCAGGAUUCAGCUCCAUAUAAUAUGUAAACGAAAUGCUGAUGACAUGCCAAUGGCACAUCUAAACUAUUUCUUCUUUGUUCCAAAACUUUAUCUUGCUAUAUGUUAUUGCCAGUAUUUGAAAAUUCAUCAGCCUUAUUGACAACAGAAGGGUUUUAUGCCCCCACUUUCUCGCCCCAUGAAUGAAUAUGUUGAAGUAUUGCGUUUGAAAUCUGCAUUUUAAGAGUGAAUGCACUGGUUGAGGACGAGGACAUUUCAGUAAUGAAUCCCAACAUGCAAGAAUAGUGAGUUUCCCACCUCACAUGUGUGUCAUCGUGCAGCUGCGCAGUGGCGGGUCAGAGCUGCUGGGGGCAUCACAGAGAUGAAAGCCCCCUUCAGUGACCUUGAGACUCCGUCAGUGUUAAAUCCAACUGCGCCAUCUGCUGCCCACACGCUCUCAUUGAAACAACAAACAAGUUUGGAGAGUGGAAUUCAUUAUACAUAAAAGUAGAGGGUAGUUUAUUAAUGCAGUAUUCUUUAUUCAGUGACCCCCUAAUAAAAGGUAUUUCUAUUCAAAAUAUUAAAUUAAUGUUGUAAUGAAACCUAAUAAAAGUUUUUGACUGUUUUAGGUUCACAGAACCAAGGUUUCUACCUGAACCUCUUUUUUAUUACCAGAGCUAAAGGCUCUUAAGUCUUCACUGAUGUGUUGUUAAAUUAAAGGCAGCACUGAACAGAAAGCUCUUCAAUCUUGAUUUGAAGCGGCUGAGAGUCUCAGCUGACCUGCAGAUUUUGUUCCAGAUAUAUGGAGCAGGAAAACCGAACAAAACUGCUUCUCCAUGUUUGGUUCUGACUUUAGUGUUUUAUGGUUGUACUACUGGAUCAUUAUUAGAUCAUUAUUAGUGAUGUAUUAAGUAAGAAGCCUUUUGAUGUUGCAGUUGUUUGUUUUGCCCAAAGUAACAAACUCUAGCCAGCAGCACCUCAGACACCCGAAAAAUAACAUGUUACAUAUUCUUGGUUUAAUCAGUGAAACAUUUAUAUUUUAUUCCAUUUUAUUUGGCUAAAAUUAAUGAUUAGAACCUUCCUCCAGCCUGUCAGCUGGUGGCAUCUGCCACCCGUGUGAGAGGCUAUUUCUGGUCCUAACGUACCAUCAACUUGUGACAUGGUCGCCGGCAGCAACACUCUGCCAAUCUGUUGGUCAACGUUGGAAAGCCGCACCAGGAUGUGAGGAAGCAUAAUAGAGUAGCCGAGCUGUAGCACACUGCUGUCAGUCAAUUUUAAGUAUUUUUCCACAACCAAAGCACCAGCCUGUCUCAGUCAGCGGAGGGAAAGAAGCCGAGCCGGAGGCAACGCUAGUUUGCUGCUUUGCUGCUUUGCUGCACGCUUUUUGCAUAUUUCUGAGAAUCUGGCUGAUAUUUGUCUAGGCUCUCCGGCUCCAAGAAAUUGUCAGCUCAGGAGUCUACCUGCUGUGAUAUUGUCAGAAAACAUGGCAUGCAUUGACUAUGUGUAAAUGAAUGGUUAUUGACUCAGUGUCGGUUGUAACACUCACUCCGGGUCCUUUUGUUUGUGCAGAUAAACUACUAAACUAAUUUCUACAAAGUAAAAUGACCCUGACAUUCAUCUACUACAGUAAUUCAAAGGAUUAAUCGGUACUCCGUUUAUGUUUCAUGCCAUUAUCACCUUAAUGCUAAUAAAAUGACCUGGUUAAGUAAAUCACAAGAUAAGGGGAGAUGGGACCAAUACUAUACAGGGAAAUUGUGUAAAAGCAGCAAAGAGUGACAGAAAAUGAAAAGAAAAGAUAAUACAGUUACAAACGAUUUGAACUUGGAAGGACAAAUAAUAACAAAACAGCUAUAUCACAAUAAACCCAAUGGAAGCAUUGCUCGUGAAUGAAGGACAAUUGGUGUAAAAACAGCUGUUUGAGAGACUCGGGUCUUGCUGGUUAAAUGAGGGAGUGCAGCCAACGUUUACUGUCAACAGCGCAAGUGUUUGCACGUGUUUACGCGUUCGUUUGUUGAGUGUGUGACCACCAUAUGUGUGUAUAAAUGCGGAUAAACUUGGAUGUGAUUUCUGUGUUCGUUGAUUUGAUGUUUACGGGUUGGUUGGACCAUAUCUUAACAAUAAUUCACAGAUUUAAUCAUCACAGCCAACCUCCCAUCUUACUGUUGACUGUUGUUGCUAAUCGAGCAGAAAAGCAGGCCUAGCGGUAGAAAUGAUAACAUGUGUGACCACGACUAGUAGUAGAAUUUCUGUGUUAGUUAGUAUAGUAAUGUAUUUUGAAUUGAACAUAUUGUAUAUAUUUUAAUACUGUACACAUGACAUCCAUAAUGUAAUGUUAAUCCUGAGGGAAGGAUUUCUUCCUUAUUUUAUCCCCAUUGAAGGGUUUUUCGGGCGUUUUUCCUCCAUGGUCCCUGUGAUGAGGCGUUGUAUCAAUUGUAGGGAGUUCAUCCCGUACUUAAGCCCUCUAAGUAGAUUUUUUUGCUGAACAUAGAAGCUUUUGUUUUUUUAUUUCUUAAAUAUUUUCGUUUUGUUUUCUCAAGACCAGCACAGGACGCCGUACAGCCUGCAGCGGAAUUAUAAAUGUAUGUGGGCUUUAAAUUACUAGGCUUUCUCCUAGCCAGUACAAUCACACCAUUUAAGACACUAAGACCUUGAAAACUGUUAUUGUCCAGGCAAAGAUAAACCCGGUGAUUUACUGUGGAACAGGACAGCUUCGGUUCAUUUCUUAGCGCUGAGGAACAUCAAACCUGUGGCUUUGUUUUUUAAUGAACUCUGACUUGUGUGUGUGAGUUGAAAACCCUCCCCUGUCAUCUCACCCACAGAUAUCCGUUCGGUUUUCUCCAUCUGGAGUUGUUUAGAAUUGUUUUGAAUCAGUCGGUGUGUGUUGACACAGGACAACAACUGGCAUCAAUCAAAUGCAGGCCGCCGAGAGGCCGUAACUCCAGUCCAGAGAGGAAGAAUGUGAAACUGUGUUAAAGCUUGAGAGAAACCCAGUGGGAGCUGUCAGAGUGCUGUGUGGAGGACCAAGAGACGAAGCAAUGGAGUUCUUCUUGGUGAUGGUCUCCUCUGCUUUGGUCUGUGCUGUUAGCGCUGGAAUUCCUCAUGACGGAAUACACUGGACAUACGCAGGUAGAGAGGGAGCCUUGGACCAGAUGCACUGGCCAACCAAGUACCCCGCAUGUGGUGGUAAGAAGCAGUCCCCAAUAGACAUCCAGAGGCGCAGCGUGAGACACAACCCAGACAUGCUGCAGCUGGAGCUCAACGGAUAUGAUGCUCUGGAAGGGAAAUUUCUCAUGUCCAAUAACGGGCAUUCCGUUCAAAUUGACCUGCCUCCCAGCAUGGCGAUCACUAAGGGCCUCCCAGGAAAAUACACAGCGGUCCAGAUGCACCUGCACUGGGGCGGCUGGGACCUGGAGGCCAGCGGAGCAGAGCACACCAUUGACGGUAUCCGUUACAUGGCAGAGCUCCAUGUUGUCCACUACAACUCUGACAAGUACAGCAGCUUUACAGACGCCAGAGAUAAGCCAGACGGGCUGGCAGUACUCGCCUUUUUCUAUGAUGACGGGCAUUUUGAAAACACCUACUACAGUGAUUUCAUCAACAAUCUGGAGAAAAUCAAAUAUGCAGGUCAGUCCAUGCACAUAUCAAGCAUUGAUGUGCGCUCCAUGCUCCCCGAGAACAUCAACCACUUCUUCAGAUACCAGGGCUCCCUCACCACGCCGCCCUGCUACGAGAGCAUCCUCUGGACCGUGUUUGAUACUCCCAUCACUCUCUCACAUAACCAGAUCAGGAAACUGGAGAGUACUCUGAUGGACAUGGACAACAAGACGCUGUGGAAUGACUACCGCAUGGCUCAGCCUCUCAACAGCCGUGUGGUGGAGUCUUCUUUCCUGCCGCGCCUGGGAAAAGGAACCUUUUGUCGGCAAGAUGAGAUUGAAUCCAGGCUUCUGAAUAUCGAGGGUCUGAUAACGUCUCUUGGAAAGCACAUCCAUUCAGGUGGACUUCGGCCUAACAGAUAUGAACCCCGCGCUCGGUUUCCCCUAGUCCUUGACUUCCAGGAGAAAAAUGCUGGAAGUUAUGCUUUGGCCCGCCUCAGUCAUCCCAUGGAACUGAACUCCUUCACUGUCUGCAUGCAUGUCCUGCCUCAGCUCGAGGGGGUCCACACCGUUGUCUCCUACGCCAGUAACGGCAAUGACAACGAGCUGAUGAUCUCCAUUGCUGAGGACGGAGACGGGAAAGAGGUGGGCCUCUGGAUUGGAAAUGAGUUUGUCAACCUGCCGCACAACUUUAAGUCCUUCGACUGGGCCAACUACUGCAUCACUUGGUCGUCCCAGACCGGCGGUGUUGACCUGUGGAUCAACGGCAUGGUGGGGGAGCAGCGGUAUCUGAAAAAUGGAUACACAAUCAGCCCAGGCGGUGUGUUCAUCGUGGGAAAGGACCAGGACGGAUUGCUGGGCAUCACCAAUGCAGACGCCUUCGUGGGCAAGAUGACUGAUGUCAACGUGUGGGACUACGUGCUUUCCACAGCAGAUAUCCGGGACCAGUUGUCGUGUGAGAGAAACAGCACCGUGGUGGGAAAUGUGUUCAGCUGGGGAACAACCAAACUCAGCAUGUUUGGGGGGGUGCAGCUGGACAGCCAGUACAGAUGUCCCUGAAAUGACUGAACAGGUUCCGUUCGCAUGAGCUUUGAAAUGCUGCAGUAAACCAUUUCGCUGCUGAUGGUGGGGGAUUUAAAAUGUGUUCAAUAAAGAAUAACGUAUUUCUUUCAAACCCCUGUAAAAUAUUUAAUGCAAACUGUAUCAUGUUGUUUUGGCCAUGUAUUCAUAUCUUAGCCUCAUCAAUAAAAGCUUUAAAGGCA